ACACAUUUGGACUUUUGAAGGGACCAUGGCUUCAGUGAAAUGCACGAGAUAUUCCCUCUACUGGGACGAGACUGAGUGCCUCAGCUACUAUGAGAUGCUGUCCCUGCAUGAGAUCUUUGAAAUCGUGGGCUCCCAACUCACAGAGACUGAUGUCGAGGUUUUGUCUUUUCUCCUCGAUGAAGCCUAUCCUGGAAAACAUCCCCUUGAUCCAGAGGGAUGGACUGAUGAGUUCCCUCGAGGGCCUGAUGGGUCUUCACUGGGUAAUUCUCCAUGUCCUCGGCUUCUCAAAACAUGGCGAAGAAUACAGCCGCAGAAUGAGCCUUGCCCCAUCGCUGGUCGCCACAGACCCAAGAGUGGCGUUGAAUUGCUGCUGGAGUUGGAGAGGCGAGGAUACUUGAGCGAAGGAAACCUCAAACCUUUAUUGCAGUUGCUGCGAAUUCUGACACGACAUGAUGUCCUGCCUUUUGUCUCACAAAAGAAGAGAAGAACAGUAUCUCCAGAGCGAGAAAAGAUAGAAUACCAAGCGGUGAAUACCAGAGCGGACAUGCAGUUCAGUUCAAACACCGAUAUACCAUCCUUGGAAAACACACAAGACCACCAGUGGAGAGCAGGGACUGGCUCUUCCAUGACAACAACCACACCUGUACGACGGAAGCGAGGUAGAGGUAACCAAUGGAGCAGAAAAUCUAGGGGCAAGCCCCAAAUCCAGCUUCAACCAACACCCAACAAAGUGACCUGCGAUGUCCGGCUACGUGUGCGUGCGGAGUAUUCCGAGCACGAGUCGGCCCUUCGUGGAGGAGUUUCAUCAGACAAGCAGCAGCCGUUGGAGAGACAGUUUGAACUGUUCAGCCGAGCGAGUGCACUUCUCCGUACCCGGGAUCUGGGCUCUAUUGUUUGUGAUAUCAAGUUCUCUGAACUUGCCAACCUGGAUGCCUUCUGGGGAGACUAUCUGAGCGGGGCACUGCUUGAGGCACUGAAAGGAGUCUUCAUCACAGACUCUUUGAAAAGGGCAGCGGGACAGGAGGGGGUCCGGCUGCUUGUCAGUGUGGAUCAGGAUGACUAUGAAGAGGGCAGAAAACUGUUGCUCAGAAGCCAGACACAUAAUGGGACAAACUGGGGAACGCAAAGUUUGCCCUGAAAAAGGUCAGUUUCACUCAGGACCUUCAGCUAUGAUGGAUGAAGAUUUUUUGCCUUUUUAUUUCAUCGCCUAUUGAGUGUUGGCGACACUGGGAAGGAGAGCCUGGUGGAAGAGUCUAGAUUAAACUGGGCAGCCGUUUUGUUGGACACUGACUGUAUCUGAAGGAAAAAUUAUUCUUGACUGUUCAGAGGUUAGGUUCAAAUAUAGGACUGUCUCUCUCUCUCCCUCUCUCCACUGCAGGCCAGUUUAAACAUGGACAAACACAUCCAUAGAAAACAAAAGAAGGAGGUUCUGCAUCUGUACUAAUUACUCUGUCACAGGUGGUAUGUGAAUAGAGUUUGUUUCCAAAUGUGAUGACAUACAAUGAACCAUUGAAUUAAAGUUAUGCAUUUAGCUUUGUUUUGGAAAUGUAAAAUAACCUCUGUGGUGAAACAUUGGAAUGAAGAGAAUACACAACAAAUAUGUAACUAAAAUGGAUUCGCCCAAAGGUUUAGAAAGACUGGAUGAUAACUUGAUUCUUAAGAGUUUGGGCUGGUAACAGUGCUUCAGGUGACCAAAUGUACACUUCCACCAUUGGAUCGGUUAAUAUGUUACGUAACUUAGCUACUCCAAAGUGCUCUGUUGUACUGCUUAUAAGAGUCAACUUAGAAGACUUUGGAAAUCCUUUAUACAGCACCAGACUGGAACUAAUCUAUCGAAGCUGCCAAAUUUGAAGCUGUAUUGAGGAUCAGGCAAUGUCACAAGUUGGAACAGAGAGUAACUCUGCAUUUUACAGCAAAGACUUUCUACAGUGUGCACCA